UGGUUGUUGCCAAUUUCGCUCUAUCCUAUUAUUGAUUCUCACUAUUCGUGUUUGCUUCCUGCAGCAUGUUUUUUGGCUCAUCUGGUUUCCAUGAAGGCAAUGAAGACAAGGAGAACUUUUCCCGAUCUAGUCGCUAUAGUUUUAUGGUACCGGUUUAUUGUUUUGGGAUUAAGGAUGAGAGGAUUUAUUGAUUUGAUAUUCGAUGUUUACUACCCUUGUCCCUCUUUUCUUAGUAUUGUUGCAUUUGCUGUAACGUUUCUUCCUAGGAAACGUUUACAUCGGAAGAAGCCUAAUUCCAUAAUACAGAGUGCAUUUUCCGUUGCAAGCACUCCUCUCUCUCAAUGUAGUACACUCACAGCCCGUUCUACUCAAAGCCGGUUGUGUUCUGCGCAGCAAGAAUUACCUUUUACGGAUGAUGAGGAUGACGAAUCGCAGUCCAUUCAAAGACGUGCAAGGGAUUUUUCUCCUUCCAGAGAACUUAGUUCUAAAUUUGGAGGGUUAAGUUUAGGCAGAAGCAUGUUGGAGGACUCUGAAGUUCUGCGUCGUAGAGGUAUGAUUUUUCAAUGGAACAAUAACCAAAUUUGUAGUAGUGACUGCCAUAAGAAUAGUGUUGAAUUGUUGAAGUAG